AUGAAACCGAAACAUCACCGGAAUAGUAGUCAUGUCAAUGAUAAGAAUCAGCUUGGUACAAUAGGACGAAAAGGUGGAACUGUCUUGCCAGAUGGAAUUAGACGAGAUGAAACUGGAAUGGAACUUAUGGAAGAUUACUAUGAUAGCCCAAGCAAUGACAAGCAAAAAUCUUUGGCGUCAGCUCAAAAGGAUGUAGGACCAUCAAAAAACAAAACAGAGACGCGUCAUAAUCAUGCAGCUAGAAUAUUCAGUACACCUACAGCAACAUACUCAAAAAAAUCUUUAAAUGACUCUAAUAAGUCUACUAAAUCCUUUAAUUCCAUGUAUCGACGGGCAACAACUGGCCCAUUGGUGUCUUCUCCAGCAAAUAGGCAAAAAAAUUCAUUUAAUGAGGUAAUCUCUGCAACUCAAUCAACGCUUGCCGCUCGUUUAAAAGAUUCUCCUACUGUUCUUUCUGAUAAAGACAUGUUUUCUCAUAGUGUGGAUGACGUUAGUAUGGAUUUAACAAAUAAUCGAUUGAAGUCUCCUAGAUCAGAAUCUUUGGCAGGAAAAUCUAAAUCGUCUUUUGUCAAUUCAUCACCUAUCCGGAAUGGUCAGUUACAAGAUACUUCUUUUCUUCAAGUGUCGACCGAGGCUACAAAAAAAAUACAGAAUGAGUAUAUAUUAUCCCCGACAUCAAACGGAAAAAAAAUGGCAUCCAGCUCUGUAAAACCUAGAUUGUCUACUCGGAUGAAGUCACUUAACUUAGCUCAAUCUCAGAACCCCACUAAAAGUGCACCAAGCUUACAACAUAAAAGAAACGAAGAAAGAAACGAAUUAAACUCUGCAAAAAGCCACGACCCUCUUAAAAAAGCAACUGAAUCUAUUAAGGCGAAAAAGAUAGCACAGCGAACUAAUAGUAUAGUUGAAGAAGAAAAUGACGGUCUGCCUUUACCAGUUUCUCGAACCGGACCAAAACAAGGAGGAGAAUUAUUAUUUGCUUACACAAGUGAAGAAGAAGAAGAAAACUCUCCAACAGAGGAUCUUCCAAAGCGAAAACAAUCAUACGCGUCGCAAAAAGGUCGUCGCAAAAUUGAAAAUAAAAAAAUUGUUUCUGAAGCCGAAAAAUCAACUUUAGGUUCUUUACAAGCCCAAAAGAACAUUCCAAGUACACAGUCUAUAAGAGACGAUUACUCUGAUGAUGAUUUUGAAAAUGAAAUUGAAGUUGAAAAAGUGGAGCCUCGUAAAUUUCAAAGUAACGCCAAAGAGCUUUCGGUGUCACAAUCUAAAAAAAAUACUUUGAACAAUGCGAAAAGGGGAGGAUCGUCAAGGAGAAAAAUGUUAGCCACAAACCCUGAUACGGCUGUAAGCCAAAAAACUGAUGACAAUAUCGAUACAGAAAUUGAAUUUGAAGAGAUAGAAGAAGAAGAAGAAGUGAUAUAUGAAAAGGAGCCUUUACCAGUAUCUUCCAUAAUUUCAAAGAAUUUGAGAAACAAAGAAGACAAAGAUUCUGGCCUUAAACCAGAGUCUACUUUGGAAUCUGAAUCUGAAUCUGAAUCUGACCUUUUUUCACCGCCCCCCCCAAAGCCAAAAGCUCAAACUGGUAAAGCUGGUGCUCAAAAGCAAUCAACUAAAAGAAUAAAUGCCUCUAAUUCCUUUGUGUCUGAGAAUAGUGCUUCUAAAUCACAGAAAUCAGCAACUAAACACACGGCCACUGUUACGACAUCUUCAACUAAUUCUUCCACUAAACCUUCUGCUAAACCUGCCGCUAAGCCUGCUGCUAAAUCUGCUGCUAAAUCUGCUGUUCAACCUGCUGUUCAACCUACUUCUAAAUCUGCUACAAAGCUUGCCACUAUUCAAAAACCGAAGUCGGUACCAUCUGGAAAAGCUAUUAAAGCAAAAAAUAUUAGAGUUGAUUUAAAUGAAUCUGCUCCAGGGUUGAGACGUUCUGGUAGAGUACGGGUAGCACCCCUUCAGUUUUGGAAAAAUGAACGAAUUUUAUACACCAUGAAGCAAGAUGAAGAAGCGCAUACCAAAGUCCCUGGAAUUAAAGAGGUUUUUCAUCGGGAAGAUGAAGAUAGUUCUGAUGAACUCACUCAUUCUAAAAAACGGAAAACAACAAAACGAAAGGCAAGGAACAACACAUUAGAAGAGACUGAUCCUGUAAUCCAACGUGCUGUAAAGCGUGCAAAGAAUCUGGUCAAAGAAAACAGUGUUAGUGGGCUUGUUCAUGACUACAACUCUGAUGGAAAUAUUACAACGGAGCGUACAGAAAAGAUGGUUUUGGCAUGGGGCAAUCAUAUCAGCAAUAACCAGUUUUCCUCUAUCCCGGGAUCCACGCACAAGUUGCUUAUUAUGUACCCUAAUUACAAUGGUACUGGAACGGCUGCUGGAAUGAUUGUUUUUGAUCCUAACGGUGAAAAGCCGUUUAAACCUUCGCGUGAAACUGACUACUUUUUUUUUGUGAUUAGCGGAGUAGUGGAAGCUAAUAUUUCCGAAAAUGUUAUCUCAGUGGGAGCUGGUGGAUCAUUUCGAGUUCCAAUGGGAAAUUACUACUCCAUAAAAAAUUUGACAGAGAAGGAAGCAAAGCUGUUUAUGGUGCAGGCCAAAGAUACAGCUUUUAGUAAUGCCCUUAAAGAAGCACGUAAAACUGAUGGUACUGGUAAUGAUGAGGAAGAGGAAGAGGAAGAGGAGGAUGAAGAGUAG